AUGCCGUUUAACGGCGUUUGCGCGGAGGGGGACCUGAUGAAGCUCUCCCAAAUUUCUACGGACCCGGAACGACGUGCCCUGGGAAGCGUACGUGCCGAGAUGGUGGUGAGUGCCUCGUUAUCAAACGCAAAGAAGAUGUCUUCAGGUUCUUGAAGAAUGCUAGGUUUGUCAUGACUGUUAUUGUAGAGCUUAUGUAUGUAUGAUGCGUCGUGUCCACGAAGUGGCCAUUUUGCUUGUCAUGCAAAAACGUCAUGCGGGAUGCGCGUCACGUAGCUGGGCAAAUAUUUCUUAUGCUUCGCUGUGCAUUGCAGAGCGUUCAUUUUUCACAGCCUAGCAUUACAAGUUUCCAGACCUAGACAUAGUUGCAGUGGAUACGUGUCUGCUGUGGCCGGCGUGAUCGCGAUCAGCUACGGGCUAGCAGCGAGCGCGUGGACGCACGCGGUAGCGCACCAAGCGACGUGGGCGAGGGCUACUGCAGCGAGAAGCAGCAGCCUGCAAUUGUUGCGAGGCCUCGCAAGUAGCCUACCAAAGUACGCACGGAGCGCAGCACAACUGUUGCUGGCAAAGGGACGGGACGAGGGUGAUGACGUGUGGAAGUGGCUGAAGCAGCCGAUUCAACAAGGCCUGCUGUUGGGGGGCGACCAGAUCUUUGUUUCCAAUGACCUCACGAGCGUCUGGGACGGCAUUGAUCCGGAGAAAUUGUUUUUUUCGCCGAAAAUGCAGUUGCCUACCCGUGGGAUACUCCUUCAAAUGCCUCCGCGCGGAGGAGCGGAAUUGGGCAUUGCAACACACUCUUCCUCUUUUGUCCAAGGUGGUGGACUCACCACAGGAAAAACUCAGUUCCCGAAAGGUGUUGAUCAUGGUGACGAGGACGAGAGCGAGUCUGCCGGCGAGCGCAGCUCCGCUGCUGCGCACUUCGGUACCGACCGCGCCUUGAAGUCGUUUCUCCAAGAAGAUCGCGCACUCCGGGUCCACAUGAGCGCACCAACGAACCACCCGGAGCAGUACUUCUACAGCCCAAAAUUAGCUGAAGAAGAAGACAGGGGGUCCCUUUUACAGUAUGAAACUAAAUCUGAUGAGUUGAUGCAAGAGUCUCAGAACAGUGCAGCUCGGUCCGACUCCGACAGCAGCGACGAAAUAAUCGAGGGCAGUGGGAAAGUAGAAGGUCGUGAACAAGCAACGAGUGAACACCGUCAGGGAAAACAAGACGCAAGCGACACACUUGUUGUGGGGGAUGGAAGUGCGACGCCUAGCAGUGGAUUUUCUUUUUCUAGCUUCUUGCAACAGUUUGCGUCCGCAUUUGGCGACAUGAUUGCAGAUAUCGGAAAGGUCCCGCAUGAUCCCUCGAAGAAGUUCCUCGCGCCAAGGGAACCGAACCCAAACGUAAAGACGAGUGAGGGGACGUCCGCGGUAGCGCUGUCUGAUACAGGGGAGGCAGUGCUAGUGGCACGACCCGAAGAGCAGAUGAAUGAGGAUGUGGCUUCAGUACUAGAGCACAGCAAAGAGCAGCUGGCGUUUCUGGAGGAUGCGGAGGGGACCACCGGUAAUGGUAUGGCCGCAUCUGAUGCGUCUUUCACUACUGAAAUGGCUACUACAACCGAGAUUGCAACAACCUCGAUGAAUGUCAAGUCCGAUGGUGAGACAGCGGUGGCCAGGUCGGCCGCCGCUGCAGUGGAGCGGCAAAGACUGGCCGCGAUACAACAAGCGCCGUCGUUUCUUCAAGAGAAGCAACUGCUGAAUUUAGAUUCUUCACCACAAACUGAGUACGUCUUCGUGUUUGUUACGAACGAGGAAGCGGCGCGGUUUGCGUCCCUGCUCUCCGUCGCACAAGCACCCGGGGAGACGAGCAUGGGUGUGCGGUCGUGCGUUGCCGGCAAGGAGGACGCAGGGGUGCAGUUGGAUAUCGGCUCCCCAGUCUUUCUCCUCGAUGCCAGUGGCUCGGUGUUCGGCGGAUCGCACUGCUGGCGGGCCCCAGAUGCCCGGAAGGAGGAGGUGUUACGAAAAGCAGCAGUCGUGGAGCGCGGGAUCAACAUGUGGCGAAAUGGCCUGAGUCGAGAACUAAGAGUCCUUGGGUGGUCAGGGAUGAAGACCGGACGACACAAUUUGGGCAGGGAGGCGGCGCGGCGGUUUUUUCCGGAUCAAGUAGCAAAAGUAGCCGACUAUCAAACCGAACUAAAGGAGCAAGGGAAGAGACAAGCGGUCCAGACGCGAGCUUCGUCGUUUCUCGAGCCCGGCGUGCAAGAAGACGUAAGUCCCACGCGUUAA